GACAAAAUCAAAGCCUCUGAUCCGCACACUUGUAAAAUAAGAUGAUCAACAACAAGAAUAACAAUCAAAAAUCAGAGAACAAAUUUCUUAAACAUAUUGGGAUUUUAUUCCAUUCGGAAAAGAUCAAGGAAAUUGCGAAUGAAAAAUUUGAACAAUUGGAAUCAAGCAAUUUGUUGAGUGAUUUGGAAUUGAAUGAUGAGGAGGAUAGAAUGUUGGGUGCAUUGUUUGGAGUUACUUGGGGAGAUGUAAUUGGUUGUCCAGUGGAAGGUUGGAGACAAGAAGAAAUUGAAGAAUUAUUUGGUGAUGAAAAUAUGUUGAAAUUAUUCGAUUUUAAAACGAUUAUUGAAAAGAGAAAUGAUGGAUCAUUGAAAUUGCAAAAUAUAACAAAGGAUGGAAUUGAUUUUCUAUUUCCGAGUGAUGAUUUAAUCAGUUCAAAAUUGAAAACUUUAUCGACCGAAAGUGAUGAAAAGAAGAAUAAGAGGAAAAAGUCACCUUUUGAAUCAUUCUUAUCCAGAUGUAGAUUCCCAGGUAUUCACUCUGACGAUACUCAACAGGGAAUGGCCUUGAUUAAUUCCAUAGUACAAUAUUGUGAGUUGAAUCCAAGUGGAAAAUACUUUGGUGAAAUUUGGGGUGAAUGGCUUGUGAGAGGAUUUGAAACUUGUUCAUGUAAAUAUCCAAUGAAGAGUGGUCAAGUUGAAGAAAUUGGUAGAGGAGUUCAAGCAUUUAGAGAUUAUGGAGCCAACAGUUCUAAAGCAUUCACAAAUCUCAAAAAGAAUAUUCCAGCUCACGAAGCUGGUUCUUCAUCAAGUGGUAUCGGUGGUAUUAUGAGAGGUGCCAUUGCUACAGCUGUAUUUUCUCUCUUCUCCCACGAAAGUGAUGAUGAAAAGGCAAUUCAAAUGAUUGAAAAGUUUUCAUUCGAGCAAAAUUUGACAACACAUGCCACAAUUGAAGGAGCUGCCACUUGUUUUGCUACUUCUCUAUGUGCUUACAUGUUCCUUAAAUUGGGUCAAGAGAGGGCUAUUGAAUGGAUUUUAGAUAACUUGGCUGAUAGAGUUAAAAAGGCAGAAGAUAAAUGGUGGAAUAACUCUAGAAUCACAACAGAAAGAGAAGAACAAGAGAAAGAAGAAAAGAAACCAAAGAAGAAAGCUUAUGUUCCUAAUGCUAAUCAAGUAGUUAACAAAACUCCAGAAAAUGAAUUGAAAUGGAAGAUUUACAAGACCUUACCAUCAGUCAAUGCUGCCUCUGAAGUUUUACAAGAACUCUUUGUCAUUAUUAAGACCUUGAGAGCUACAGAAAAGGAAAACACAUUGUUGGUAGAAUUGAGAAACAAGAUUAGUGACCUUGCCAGAGUUUACAAACCAGAAAAGAAGAAUAUGAGAGCUCACGUUAAUCAAGGUUUCUGCCUCUUGGCUGGUAUGCAUGCUAUUGCUUGUAUUUUACUACCAGAAAAUCCAGAAAUUAUCUUCCAUUACCACAAAUCAACUCCUGAAACACCAACACCUUCCUACGAUUCUGCUGACAUUUUCAAUAAUUUCCCAAAUCUUUUAUUGAGAUCAACAGUGACCCUUGGUUACGAUACAGACACCAUUGGUGCUAUUUUAGGAUAUUUAUUGGGAAGUAGAUUUGGAACUAGUUGGAUUCCUUUGCAAUUAUUAUUCGAUUUUAAUAGAAUUAAGGAAAAUUAUGCCAAGGUAUUGUUAAAUAUUUACAGAAAUAAGAGACAAGAAGAGCAAGUGGAAGUUAAAGUGGAACCUUUAGAUAAUUAUAUUGCUAAUGAACAGUUUUUGACAUUAAUUGGUGAAUAUUACCAAUACAAAAACGUAGACAAGUAUGUCAGCUUCACAGUUACAGAAAGCAACAAGCAUAUUUAUGGUAAUAGUUCAUCUAGAGUCGAACUUCAUUCACUCGAAAAUAAAAAUUAAGAAAACUAUUUGAAUG